GUUUACCGUGGUGUCAACAGCCCAAAUGACCCUAAGGUUAUCGAUUAUUAUUAAAUAUUAUUAGAUACAAUUAAAACAUUCAGUCAUUACAUGAUCGUUGACUACGGCUCCCGACAACAAUGGCUAAGGAUCUAGUUAUUCUUGCUUAUUCCGGAGGAUUGGAUACUAGUUGCAUAUUGAAAUGGUUAAUUCAGCAAAAUUAUGACGUUGUUUGCUAUUUAGCUGAUGUCGGUCAGAACGAAAAUUUUGAAAAAGCAAAGGUGAAAGCCAAAUCGAUUGGAGCCAAAGAUGUAAUUGUGGAAGAUUUACGUGAGGAGUUCAUCAGCAAUUACAUGUUUCCGGCAAUUCAAAUGGGUUUAGUGUACGAAAGCCGAUACUUGUUAGGAACUUCGUUGGCAAGACCAUGCAUCUCAGUUGGAAUCGUCAAAGCAGCAAAAACAUUGGGCGCCAAAUACAUUUCCCAUGGCGCUACAGGUAAAGGAAAUGAUCAAGUGCGCUUUGAGUUAAGCGUUUAUUCUCUUUGGCCAGAAGGAAAGGUGAUAGCUCCGUGGCGUAUCCCUGAAUUUUUCCAAAGAUUUCAAGGAAGAAGCGAUCUAAUCGAGUAUGCCAAGAACGAGAACAUACCUGUAUCGGCAACUCCCAAGGAACCGUGGUCUACUGAUGAAAACAUCAUGCAUAUCAGUUACGAAUCUGGCGUACUUGAGGAUCCAGCUUCAAUACCACCUAAAGGUAUUUACAAAAUGACGCGUGAUCUCCAGGAUGCCGAAGAUUACCCAACCACUGUAGAUAUUAACUUUGUGAAAGGGUUUCCAAAUUCAAUACGUAUCCCUAGCGGCCAAGAAAAGCCGUUGGUUAUAUCUGGUGUGCUGCCGUGCGUUCAGACACUCAACAAAUUAGGAGGUCAGCACGGCAUCGGUCGCAUUGACAUCGUAGAAAAUCGCUUCCUAGGACUGAAGUCAAGAGGCCUCUAUGAAACUCCUGCUGGCACCAUUCUCAACGUGGCGCAUAUUGACUUGGAAGCAUACUGUCUUGACAGAGAAGUAUUACGCAUCAAAAAAUCGCUCCAAAACAAAAUGGCCGAUUUUGUGUACAAUGGUUUCUGGUUUUCUCCAGAGGCCAAUUACACCCGAACCUGCUUAGAAUUAUCCCAAGAAAACGUCACCGGUACUGUAAGGGUUCAACUGUUCAAAGGAAAUGUAUCAGUGCUGUCCAGAGAAAGCUCCACAAGCAUGUAUAAUAAAGAAUUGGUGUCCAUGGACGUUGCUGGUGGAUUUUCUCCGGAAGAUAGUACUGGAUUUAUAAACAUCAACGCAUUACGCCUCAAAGAAUAUUCUCGGUUCAUGACACAAACUAAGAUUUAAUUUAUUUCUUUUACUAGAUACCUA